UUGAAAAAAAUAAUACAAGGACUUGCCAGUAUACAUGACGUAGAUAUUAUCCAUAGGGAUUUCCACAGUGGAAAUAUAUUUUUUGGUAAAGAAGAUAUAUUUUUUAUUGAAGAAAUAACAAUAGGUGAUUUGGGUAUAAGUAAAUCUGCAACUGAUUCUUCAUGUUAUGAAAAUUAUGGAAUUAUUCCUUAUAUGGCUCCAGAGAUUUUUCGAGGACGAAAAUAUACUAAAGCUUCAGAUAUAUAUAGUUUUGGAAUGAUUAUGUGGGAACUAAUGACAGGUAGAAGACCUUUUUGGAACCGAAGUCAUGAUACAGAACUUAUUAUUAAUAUUUGUGAUGGUUUACGACCACCAAUUGUAACAAAUGCACCUAACGGCUAUAUUGAACUAAUGGAAGAAUGCUGGCAUUCCGAUCCAGAAAAAAGGCCACAUGCUACUGAUAUAUAUGACAAAAUUGAUAAAAUAUAUAAGGAGGAAUCGAAAAAUUGCGAUAAUAAAAACCCAACCGAAAUUGUAAAAUCAUCAGAUAUUGGACCUGUAACAAAUAAUCCAAAUGCAAUUUACAAGAGCAGAAAUUUAAGCGGCAUGAUUCAAUCUGCAAUAUCUUUAAGAAGUUCAAGAAGUCAAUCUAUUAAUUUAGGUAAAAU